AUGUUCCGGUAACAUGUUAUCACCUGGUUAGAUUUUUGGGGUCAAAAUAUCUUCUAGUGGGUGGACCGUCUGAUUUCUAUUCACCUAAUUUGACUCUCUGUCUCUCUUCCUACUCCGCAAGCUGCACAAAAAUGGCUUUGCAUGCUCCAGUCAAUAACCAGCAGUCUCAGAUUCACCGUCUAAAUCUCCAUCAUCGAACCCAAAUUCAGCUCCGAAAUCUCUAUUUCAACAUCCCAAUCUCGCAGUCUCGAGGAACCCUUCGUUCUCGCUCGAUUUCACAUCCUCUGUUGUUGCGCAAAUGUGUAUCGGAGAAGAUUUCGGGUUCUUUCGAUUCGGAUUCGGGUCGAAAUUAUGCAUCCGAACCACCGGAGAUCCCUCAACAAAAUAAUGUUUCUUUUGUGGAGGUCCUGAAGAAAUCAAAUUCUUUCCUGCCACAUGUAACUCUUGCUAGUACGCUGUUGGCUCUUGUCUUUCCACCUUCUUUCACAUGGUUUACCAACAGGUACUAUGCACCUGCCUUGGGGUUUUUGAUGUUUGCAGUGGGGGUUAAUUCCAGUGAAAAGGAUUUCCUCGAAGCUUUCAAGAGACCAACAGCUAUUCUUGCUGGUUAUAUUGGCCAAUUUCUUGUCAAGCCACUUCUUGGAUAUAUUUUUGGCAUUAUCUCAGUAGCAAUAUUUGGUCUUCCAACUCCAGUAGGUGCUGGAAUUAUGUUGGUAUCUUGUGUUAGCGGCGCCCAGCUCUCAAAUUAUGCUACUUUUUUGACUGACCCGCCAAUGGCCCCUCUAAGCAUUGUCAUGACAUCACUGUCUACUGCUACUGCAGUAUUCAUUACACCACUCUUAUCGCUCUUGCUCAUCGGAAAGAGACUGCCUGUUGAUGUAAAGGGAAUGGUGUCCAGCAUUCUGCAGAUUGUAGUUACACCAGUUGCUGCAGGGUUGCUUUUGAAUCGGUUCUUUCCCCGAAUAUGUGAUGCUAUUCGGCCAUUUUUGCCUCCGUUAUCUGUAUUAGUUACAGCUUGCUGUGUUGGAGCACCACUUGCCAUUAACAUUGAGUCUGUUAUGUCUCCUUUUGGACUAACCAUUUUGUUGCUGAUUAUCGCAUUCCAUUCGACUGCUUUUGUAGCUGGUUAUUUCCUUACUGGCAUGGUCUUUCAUAAGACACCUGAUGUCAAAGCACUACAAAGAACACUAUCCUAUGAGACAGGUUCCUCAAGCAGUCUUCUGGCCCUUGCCCUUGCAAACAGAUUUUUCCAAGAUCCACUUGUUGGAGUGCCUCCGGCCAUCUCUACUGUAAUCAUGUCUUUGAUGGGCUUCUCUCUUGUCAUGGUUUGGGCCAAAAGGAAAGAAUAACUAGACAAAAUAGAUCUCAAAUUCUUUGACGUUUUCUUAGUGGUUCUUGAUGACUUGCAUAUUAAUGAAGUGCAAUCAAGAAUGAUUGAAGAGUAUUUUUGUUUUUCUUUAGUGUUUUUUAAUAAUUGUACACUUUUAAUUUCUAGUGCUAAGAUUUGUAUCAACUCAUUUUGUAAUUUGUAUAUUAUG